ACAGGAUAUGUAAUCGAUUAUGAAGUGCUCUCAAAGUACUGUCAUGCAUGUGCCAUUAGUGAAAAUAAAUUGAAAACAAAGGUAAUAACCCAACAGCAGUUUGAUGAAUGGAUGGAAGAGCAUGUAGAAGAUGACCAGUGCUCGAAGAAUUUUGGAGACUCUUCUAAGGCCAUGGAGAAAGAGGCAGCUCUUCGGAUAUGGAAAAGAUCUCUGCAGUUUGGUUUGAGAUAUACUGAAAUGCUGUCAGAUGGAGAUUCUGUGGCCUAUUCAGCAGUUUGCCAUGCCAACCCCUAUGGAGACGUGACCAUAUCAAAACUGGAGUGUGUGAAUCAUGCACCUAAGAGAAUGGGCACUGCUCUGCGGGAAAUGUCUAAAGAAGCGUGUCUAGGAGGCAGAGCACCAAAAGAAUUUUGGAGACUCUUCUAAGGCCAUGGAGAAAGAGGCAGCUCUUUGGAUAUGGAAAAGACCUCUGCAGUUUG